AUGGAGUUGGAAAAAUCAAUCGAGAAGCAAAACGACGCUGUGGUAAGACUAACGAAGCAAAUCAUCUCUACCGUCGCCAAUGGCUCCAACCUUGUCUUCUCACCGACGUCAAUCAACGUUUUGCUCAGCCUCAUCGCCGCCGGUGCCAACUCCAUCACCAAAGAACAAAUCCUAUCUUUCAUCAUGUCACCUUCUACGGAUCACCUCAACGCAGUCUUGGCUCAGAUGGCCAACAGUACCGAGAGAAGUGAUUUGUGCUUAUCUGCUGCUAAUGGUGUAUGGAUCGAUAGAUCUGUCUCUUUGAAGCCUUCUUUUAAAGAGCUUUUGGAGAACUCAUACAAAGCUACUUGCAGUCAAGUUGACUUCGCAAACAAGCCUGUUGAAGUGAUUGAUGAGGUGAAUACAUGGGCUGAAGUCAACACCAAUGGACUAAUCAAGAACAUUCUUUCACGUGAUUCCAUCGAAACUAUUCGUAGCAGCACACUCAUACUAGCAAAUGCAGUGUACUUCAAAGGAGCAUGGAGCAGCAAAUUUGAUGCAAAAUUUACAAAAGAUUACGACUUCCAUCUUCUUGAUGGCACCUCUGUGAAAGUCCCUUUCAUGGCCAGUUACAUGGACCAGUACCUAAGAGGCUAUGACGGUUUCCAAGUUUUGCGUCUACCUUAUGUUGAGGACCAUCGUCAAUUCUCCAUGUACAUUUAUCUUCCUAACGAUGAAGAUGGUUUACCUGCUCUUCUUGAUAAAAUAGGCUCGGAACCAGGUUUUCUUGAUAACCAUAUUCCACUUGACCGUAUAGAAGUGGAUGUUCUCAGGAUUCCAAAGUUUAAAUUCGCUUCCGAGUUUAAAGCUUCUGAUGUUUUAAAAGAUAUGGGGCUGACUUCACCGUUUACUUCCAGAGCUAAUUUAACUGAGAUGGUUGAUUCACCUACAACUGGUGGCAAUUUGUAUGUGUCAAGCCUUCUUCAUAAAGCUUGCAUUGAGGUGGAUGAAGAAGGAACCGAAGCUGCAGCUGUCUCUGUUGCCAUCAUGGUGCCUCUUUGUUUGAUGCGGAAUCCUAAAUUUGUUGCUGACCAUCCAUUCCUGUUCACGGUUAGAGAAGACAAGAGUGGAGUGAUUUUGUUCAUGGGUCAAGUUCUUGAUCCUUCCAAGCAAUGA